AUGUCAUUGCAGCCUCCAGAACCUAACGGUGCAGGUGCCAAUGACACCAACCGGGCAGAAGGCUUGAAGGUGUGGAGCUGCGUCAAUUGUCGCCGGCGCAAAGUGCGCUGCGAUAGACGCCAUCCUUGUGCUCCUUGUACCAGGAACAAGUCCGAGUGUGUCUUUCCCGUCUCUGGUCGUAUUCCCCGCCGCGGUCGCGAUGCAAACUAUCCCAACCCCCCAGCACAGAAGCAGACCGAGCUCUUGGGCCGCCUCAGACGCUUGGAAGCCAUGGUUGGUGACCUUGGCUCACAGGUUGAGCAUGCGACAGCAGUAAAUCAGGAAAACCACCCGGUGGAGAAGUCAACAAGCACGACAAGUGUAACAUUAAGCGAGACAGCCGGGCUAGACCAUCCACUCGCUCUUAAUAGCCAAUCAGCUAGUGGAAACCCACCCACCACGCGCGAUGGAAUGCAAACUGAUUCUGGCAUGGCAAAGGGCACGCCGGAUUCGGGGCCAGUUUCUGACGAGUUAGGGGAAUUAGUGGUGGCUCAUGACGGCGAUUUAGUCGUGGCAGAUCGCUUCUGGACGGUAUUUUGUAAAGAGGUGGAGCACAUCUUCGAAGCCGUCCAUGGGCCCACAGCUACCCACUUUGAUGGGGACAGCAGCUCAUCAUCGGUUUCAAUGUCUGGUAACCGACGUCACAACGGCUUCUACAAUUUCCUUCUUAGACAUACAUCUGCUGGGCAUCAGCGGGAGGAUCUAUAUCCCCUUCCAUCACAAAUGCUGUUUCUUUGGCAGAUCUACAUGGACAACGUCGAUCCGUUCAUGAAAGUCUUACAUGUGCCAACCAUGACGAAGGUCAACCGCGAACUAAGAGGCAGCUAUCACUCUCUCGGCCCCAGCAUGCAGGCUCUCGUGCUAGUCAUUUCUUUGGCCGCAAUCAUGUCGCUCGAGGACGAUGAGGUCCGUAUGAACUUCAACGCUGACAAAGACCAAAUCGUUGCUCGCUAUCGACUUGGCACUGAACAGGCACUUGAGCAAGCCGAUUUUCUGGAUAAUCCUGACAUAAUCGUACUUCAGGCACUCACCAUAUAUCUAGGCGUUCUUCAACACACCGGCGAAACGAGGUCUGCAUGGUUUUUGGCCGGUGCCUUGGUUAGGGUAUCAGUCUCCAUGAAACUCCACCGCGAUGGCUCACAUUUCGCCAAUAUCACCCCCUUCGAGAUAGAGAUGCGACGUAGACUAUGGUGGCAGAUAUGCUUCAUCGAUUCGCGAUCUGAAGAUCUGCAGGUUUCAAAAUACAAGCUAUCAGAGGGGAUGUUUGACACCGAGAUACCAGCAAAUACGGAUGAUGGAUUCCUUGACCCCGGGAUGUCAAAACCGCCUGUCGUUGCGGAGAGAUGGACUGACAUGACCGUCUUUCUCAUUCAUUGCGAAAUUUGGAAGCUAUCCCGCCGACUUCAAUUCCUGACGGGCGCCAGCUACGCCUUGCCUCCUAACAUGGAUCAGAGACUCGAGUUAUUCCAGCAGUCCCAAGCAACGAUCGAAGACACCUAUCUUAAGCACCUCAACCCCAAACAGCCACUCCACUCCUUCGUGGCAACAAGUGCACGGCUGUUUCUCACCAAAGUCGACCUCAUCCUACAUACCAAGCAUCACGUUGCCAGAGCAACAGAACCACAGCCUGCUGACACCUCACAAAGCAAUAAAGUAUUCAUGUCGUCGCUGUCAAUCAUCGAAUACACCUACGCCCUACAGAACGAACCCAGCUGGAGCGGCUGGAGCUGGCAAAUACAAGGCCGGCAGCCACCGUGGAAUGCUCUUCGCGUCGUGUUCGGCGAGGUAUGCGCGCGCCGUUGGGAACCAAUCUAUGAGCGGGCAUGGUCGUCAGCCAAAAGAUCUUUCGAUGGUCUCCCUGAGGCGGCUCGGAGAGAUCCUCGGUACCAGCAACUGUUGGUGCUGGCCUCUGCAGUGCAAAGAAACCGAGCCGAUGAGCUUCAUCGCCAAACUUCCCUGUCAUCAACGAAUGCACACGCUGAUCUGACAUCCGCGACAGCCUUGACUUUGUCCGCCCCUUUCAGACAAGUUGACAACAGCGAGAACGUCUCAACUUGGACACCUCAGGAACCUUUUUUGUUUACGGCAGAUAACUCCAAUAACAACGCCUUCGGCGACAUUCCGAGCCUAGAUAUGGACUGGCAGACCUGGGACGAGAUCGCUGGGGAACUGGAACCCUCUUUGGAAUUCUGGGAUAUGGGUGGCCUUUGA